GGAAGGUGUGAGUACGGCGCAUUUUGUGAUGGGGGACGGCGCCGACGUCGCGAUGUCGGCGGCAACCGACGUGACGUCGCGCGGCACCAGCAGCGGUAGCGCACAGAUCGGUGUGGACAAGGCCAAGUAUAUAGCCAAGACGUUUCCAUCGUCCAAGCAACAAGCAGCGGACACGGUGUCGUUGCUUGGCCGGCCCACGUCGUCCAGCGCCGACGCGACGCCGUCUGUGAAGAGCACAGUGUUCCUACUCCUUCUUGCACUGCAGAUUGGUAUCCAGCCGGAGCUCAUGAAAUGGUACGCCAAAGACGCGACGAACGUGGCCCUUCGGAUCACGGUCAUCGGGCUGCUCAAGGUUGUUGUCGCAUUGGUGCCGCUCUUGUGGAACGGCGAGUGGCGCCGUGAGUUCUCGACGUGGUCUUUCCGCAUCGCCCUGCGAACAACCGUGCUCCCGGCGCUCAUCUACUCGGUCCAGGACUACUUGAACCAAACAGCGGUUGUCCUCCUCGACGGCGUCACGUACAACGUCCUCAAUCAGACCAAAAUUAUCUGGACCGCGUUGUUGGUGUACUGGAUGCUUGGAAAGAAGCAGUCGGGUGUCCAAGUGUUGGCGCUCGUGGCGCUCGUGGCGUCGGCGGUGCUCAUUGCGGUGGGUGGCCAGCACGACAAGCAACCUACGGACGACCGUGCAGCGUCGUCGUUGGAGGGCGAGGCCCUGCGCAUCACGGGCAUGGGCCGUGCCGCGUUCGCCGCCGUCCUGUCUGCCUUUGCUGGCACCAUUAUCCAGAAAGCGCUGCAGAAGGAAGCGCGAAAUGCGUACAUGGUGACGCUCGAGCUGAGUGUGAUCAACAUUGCAUGCUGCUUGUGGUCUUCGAUGGCGCACGCGAUGGCGCUGUCGUCCGCCGACGCCUCAAUCCCAGUCGAACCGACGGCAUCCAUGUGGGUGGGGUGGUCCUUUAUGACGUUUGUGACGCUGCUCGUCCAGGCCCUCGGCGGCGUCCUUGUCGGAUUUGUCAUCAAGUACAGCGGCAACAUCAAAAAGAGCUUUGCCGUUGUCGGGGGACUCUUGCUCACAGCGGCGUGCGAAUCGAUCGUGAACGAGACCGCGUUUGGGUUGCCGGGAUAUCUUUCGACGGCCCUUGUCACCGGCAGCACGCUUCUCUACACCAACUUUCCUCCCCGCGCCACUCCCUCUACGACGACAAUGCCACCACCAAAGAAGGACGACUCGAUCGAGUCCACUGGCGACGACACCACCGAGUCGUCGUCGGGCGAAGAAGACAGUGGCGUGAUGCGGGUCGUCGCUGCCGCGUAGUCGCCCGCCUGCCAGCGACAACGCCUUGCCCUAUUUAAUCACCAGCGCUUCGUCAUGUCUGCGCAUGUGCCGCACGCAACAGCAACGCAUGCACCACGCCGUCCCAUGGGCGUCAUCUCGUCCAAGUUCGUGGCGGGCCGUCCCUCGUGUCGAUGGACUCGAAUCGAAUCCCCCAGACCAGCUCGACGACGAUGGCGGCGACCAGUCGACGAUUGUAGCGCUCGCAUCCAAACGAAACACACGCCAUAUCACAUAUGCAAUUAGAACCAACUAUGUAGUCAUGGAGGACGG